UUUCAUUUCGUCUCCUUCCCUGUACUUUCUUACUUGCUCUGCAUCACCAAAAACCAUGGCCUCUGCAGCUCCCCCUCUCCUCCUCCAAACACUCCCCACUCGCAUCCUCGCCCCAUCUCUCCACGCGCCAUCCAAACUCAAAUUCAAACUCCCUCCCUCCUAUCCUCAUCUCCACCAAUCCCGGCCUUUCCCGCCAUUACUAAAAAGGCACCGGACUGCAACGACAAUCACUUCUGCUUACGUGACCGGACCAGCAUCCGACCCGAUUGUGACUGAACCGGACCACAAACUCGACCCGACCGAUAACGAUUCGUCCGUAACGGAGAAGGUUCAGUCAACGGAACUGAUAAGUUGGGGUCUUUUGUGGAGUCUGUUGGCUAAGCAUAAAGUACGACUCGUCGUUUGUGCUUUCACUCUUGUUGGUUGCACCUCUUGUACUCUCUCCAUGCCUAUAUUUUCAGGGAGAUUUUUUGAGGUGUUGAUUGGUGCGAGACCGGAGCCUCUAUGGAGGUUGCUUAGUAAGAUGGGAGUGUUAUACGCUUUGGAACCGAUUUUUACAGUGAUCUUUGUUGUAAACAUGAAUACAGUAUGGGAGAAGGUUAUGGCAACACUGAGAGCUCAGAUUUUUAGAAGGGUCUUGAUUCAGAAGGUGGAGUUUUUUGAUAGAUACAAGGUUGGUGAACUUAGUGCUCUUUUGAUGUCAGAUUUGGGUUCGUUUAAAGAUAUUGUGAGCGAGAACAUUUCGAGGGAUCGUGGAUUUAGGGCAUUUUCUGAGGUCACUGGAACCAUAUGCAUACUGUUUGCUCUGGCCCCCCAACUAGCACCGAUUCUGGGGGUUUUGAUGUUUGCCGUGUCUAUUUCAGUUGCUGUAUACAAGCGAUCAACUGUACCUGUUUUCAAAGCUCAUGGAAAGGCCCAGGCAUCCAUAUCUGAUUGUGUGACAGAAACCUUUUCUGCUAUCCGUACUGUGAGAUCCUUUGGUGGUGAAAAGCGCCAAAUGCUAAACUUUGGCAGCCAGGUUCUUGCUUAUCAAAGAAGUGGUAUAAAGCUCGGGGCUUUCAAAUCUGUGAAUGAAUCAUUGACAAGGGUUGCUGUAUAUAUUUCGCUGCUGACUUUAUACAGUCUUGGAGGAAGCAGAGUAAAGGCUGGUUUACUCUCUGUUGGCACUGUUGCUUCUUUCAUCGGAUACACUUUCACAUUAACUUUUGCUGUUCAAGGGCUGGUCAAUACAUUUGGAGAUCUUCGCGGAGCACUUGCUGCUAUUGAGAGGAUUAAUUCUGUUUUAUCUGGAGUAGAAAUUGAUGAAGCCCUUGCCUAUGGUUUAGAAAGACAAAUCCAGAAAAAAGAAGUACAUGAUGAGAAAAUUAGUUUGUUCUUAGUUAAUGGUUACAGUGGACAGAAUCAAAUUUUUAAUACACAUUACAUGUCAGCCCUAAAAUCAGCCAACACCGUGUGUAGCUUUGCUGGGUCUGGUGAUGUUUGUCUUGAAGAUGUGCACUUCUCUUACCCUUUACGACCUGAUGUGGAAAUCUUGAAUGGUCUUAAUUUGACUCUGAAAUGUGGAACUGUGACCGCUCUAGUGGGCUCAAGUGGUUCAGGCAAAAGUACCAUAGUACAACUAUUGGCACGCUUUUAUGAGCCAACCAGAGGUCGGAUUACAGUUUCAGGAGAGGAUGUCCGGACAUUUGAAAAGACUGAAUGGGUGGAGGCCGUCUCCAUCGUGAAUCAGGAACCUGUUCUUUUCUCGGUAUCUGUUGGAGAAAAUAUCGCAUAUGGGCUUCCAGAUGAUAAUGUAUCGAAGGACGAUAUCAUAAAGGCUGCCAAAGCUGCAAAUGCUCAUGAAUUUAUAAUAUCACUUCCACAGGGUUAUGACACUCUAGUUGGUGAGCGUGGAGGCUUACUGAGUGGAGGACAGAGGCAGAGAAUUGCUAUUGCAAGAGCUCUGCUCAAGAAUGCACCAAUAUUAAUACUUGAUGAGGCCACUAGUGCACUUGAUGCAGUUAGUGAACGUCUUGUCCAGGAUGCUCUGGACCAACUAAUGAAGGGCAGAACAACAUUGGUGAUUGCUCAUAGGUUAAGCACAGUUCAGAAUGCUAAUCAGAUUGCGCUUUGUUCUGGUGGGAGGAUUGCAGAACUAGGGACCCACUCUGAGUUGCUAGAUAAGAAGGGUCAAUAUGCUUCAUUAGUUGGCACUCAAAGACUGGCAUUUGAGUGACUGAAACUGCUAGACAUAGAUAUUACCAAUGGUUGAAUAGAAAACCCCAGACAAACAAUCAUGUAAGUUUCUCGUGGAAUUUCAUCCAGCAGCAACAGUCUUGGAAUUUUAAGUUUCUUCAUUUUCUACUGAGGCACUAAUAAUUCCAUUUUCAGAGAAACUGGUAGCAGGAAGUGGCUAAAGGAGAUUUUCUGCCUUGAAAGUUGAAAACGAGCAAAAGCUUCUAUUGAUUCCGAGUCUCUUUUAUUAUUCCUCCAUAUGUAUACAUCAUAUGUCACUAAUUGGUUGUAAAGAACUAAAAUUCGUAAAGACAUACCAUAGUUUUCACAGCUAUAAAUGAUAGCAAUCAUCACAGCAGCAGUUCUUAUCA